AGGCACGCCAGCCGCACAGCAAGCACCAAGAGUGACUUUUGAGUCGACUCAGAGUCACUUACGUUCCCCCCCUUUCUCCCCCUUCCGCCCUUUUUCCCCCCUCCCCCCGCGUUCCCCCCUCCCACAGAGGCACGCCAGCCGCACGUCGAGCACCAAGAGUGACUCAAGCAAGCGUUCCAGUAGGGGGCACGACCACCACGAGGCGAGAGAGCCCUACGAGGAUGACUAUAGAGGGGGGGCGCAUGGGGGAAGCAGGAAGGCGGGAGGGUCGAGUGGGGGAAGAAGGUCAGGAGCAGGGAGUAUAGGCGUUCCUGUGGUUGACGAGGUGGGUGUUUACCUUAGCGGGUCGGGCAAUAGGGGGAACAGAGGUGGCCGGGGAGAGUCCGAUUUGUCGCCAACAGAUUCCUCGCCUGAACAUUCACCUGAACAUUCACCUGAACAUUCUCCUGAGCGGUCUCCUGUCCAAUCCUCUCACCGAUCCCCGGACCGGCUGUCGGACCACUCUCCCAUCAGUUCCCCUGGCCAAUCAUCUCCUGUGCGCUCCUCUCACCAUUCCUCCAACCGGUCCCCGAACCUAACCCCGGACCAAACCCCCGAGCACUCGCCGAACCAGACACCGGACAUGUCUCCAAGCUACAGAGGUUUGGAAGAGCAGGAAUACUCUCCUUCUGCCCAGCAACACCAGCAUCAGCAGCAGCAGCAGGCCUAUCCCUAUUCUGAACAGCUUUCCCCGUCCUCUCCUGAUGGAUUCUCUUUUAGAACAGCAGGAGCAGGGGGGCAGGCCGGGGGAAGAGGGGGCGCAGGAGGGGGCGCGGGAGGGAGAGUGGGAGAAAGGGGUGAGGGUUUCGAUGCAUCCUCAAUUCCCCUGAUGGUGGCUGGGGCUGUGAUGGCAGGGCCUGGUAGGGUGUCGCUGCCUGAUGUCCGUCCCAGCAACCGCACUCCGUUGAGAACACCUGUGGAUUCACCUGAGAUUUCACCUGUGGGCUCCCCUCAAGGGUCCCUGUACCAAGCCUCGGUGCUAGGCUCGGGAGAGGAGUACCCGUAUGGCUCGGAGGCGUCCGAACCGGGACAGCAGGAAUGGCACCAGCAGCAGCAGCAGCACCACCAGCAAUACCACCACCAACACUCCCACACGUCGCCAGCAGCAGGAGGAGGAAGAGCAGCAGCAGCAGCAGGAAUGGCAGUGGGUGGUUAUGGUGGUAACCCUAUUGGUGGUAACAGGCGCGCAGGUAACCCCAGAGGCGGCAGCUCUGGUGUGGCUGCAGCAGCAGCGGCUUUCCCCAAGUCCCAGUCCACUCCUGGCGGGCCAAGAGACUCGGCUGUAGCAGCUACAGGUAGGCGAGGCAGGAGGGAUAGCAGUGGCGGCAGCAGCAGUGGCGGAAGCAGGAGAGGAAGCAGGGGAGGAGGGGGGGAGAGCGGUGCAAGUGGAGGGGGGUAUGAGGAGGGGUGGGUGAGAGAAACGCACAGUGAAGGGGAGGAAUUUUCAGAAGGGGAAGAGGAGGAGGAAGAGGAGGAAGAGGAGGAAGGGGAGGAGGAGGGGGAGGAGGAAGAGGAGGAAGAGGAGGAGGAGGAAGAGGGGGAGGAAGGGGAAGGGGAGGAGGAUGAUGAUGUGUAUUACGAGUCCAAGGUGUUGGGGGAUGAGCCCAUCUCAAGGCGACGAGUGGUUGAGCUGCUGGAUCAGAUGGACGCGUUCAUAGAGGAGGGGCCGCACUGCAAGCUGGACGAGUACCUGCCAGCCAUCGAUUUGCUGCUCAGCGUGAGGGCGCUGUUGCUGGAGGCCCGCGACAAGGAGACUGGGCGGCGCGCGGACGGCAUGCUUCGGCGGGCCAUGGAGGACCUGGAGUACGAGUUCAGGGACAUUCUGUCGAGGCGGAGCCAGCAGGCAUCCACGCGAUUCACAGUCGACACUCUCUCUCGCAUCUUCCACCGCAACUUCUACCCCCCUGCCGCCACCACCACCGCCGCUGCUGCAGCUGCUGCUGCCGCAACCAGUAGCGUCAGCACCAGCAGCAGCUCCCCUGAAAGCGGUGUGACAGGGGGUACCAGUGCUAGCAGCAGCAGGAACAGCACAGGGGGAGUGGGAGGCGGGGGAGGGGGCGGAGGGGAGGGUGGUGGCGGCGGGGAGGGGAUGGGGGGGUUGGAUGAGGGGGAGUUGGAAGAUGCGGAUUCGCUGCAUGUGCUGCCGGAAAUCGCCGCCCGGUGGUUGAACCAGACGGCCGCCCGGCUGGUGGCGGGAGGGGAGAGCGUGCGCUGCGUGGAGGCCUUCAGGUGGGCUCAGCUCAGGUGGAUUCAGGUCAGUGAGGGUAGACAGCCUGAAAUCCGCACUGCAGCGGCUGGAGAGCGAGUGGCCGUGGAUGAUGACAACAGCAGUGCAGAUCUCAGACAUGCCCUUUCUCCCUCUACUCUGCCCUGCCCUCCCCUCUUUCGCCUCUACCCCCCACACACGUUCAUUCAGGUCAGUGAGGGUAGACAGCCUGAAAUCCGCACUGCAGCGGCUGGAGAGCGAGUGGCCGUGGAUGAUGACAACAGCAGUGCAGAUCUCAGACAUGCCCUUUCUCCCUCUACUCUGCCCUGCCCUCCCCUCUUUCGCCUCUACCCCCCACACACGUUCAUUCAGGUCAGUGAGGGUAGACAGCCUGAAAUCCGCACUGCAGCGGCUGGAGAGCGAGUGGCCGUGGAUGAUGACAACAGCAGUGCAGAUCUCAGACAUGCCCUUUCUCCCUCUACUCUGCCCUGCCCUCCCCUCUUUCGCCUCUACCCCCCACACACGUUCAUUCAGGUCAGUGAGGGUAGACAGCCUGAAAUCCGCACUGCAGUGGCUGGAGAGCGAGUGGCCGUGGAUGAUGACAACAGCAGUGCAGAUCUCAGACAUGCCCUUUCUCCCUCUACUCUGCCCUCCCAUCUUACACCCCUACCCCUACACUACACGUUCAGGUCUGUGCGGGUGGACAGCCUCAAGGGCGCGCUGCAGCGGUUGGAGAGCGAGAGGCCGUGGAUGGUGACGGCACUGCAGUUCACUCACAUGCCGUUUCUCCCUCUUCUCGACUCAUCUCCCCCAUCCCACACAUUCAUUCAGGUCUGUGUGGACAGCCUGAAGGGGGCAUUGCAGUGGGAUGAGAGCGAGAGGCCGUGGAUGGUCUGUGCGGGUGGACAGCCUGAAGGGCGCGUUGCAGCGGCUGGAGAGCGAGAUGCCGUGGAUGGUCACAGCAGGGCAGAUCGCAGACAUGCUAUCCCUUCCUAUCUUCUGCCCACCCCUUCUACUCAUCUUCCCCACCCCACACGUUCUUUCAGGUCCGUGCGGGUGGACAGUCUCAAGGGGGCGCUGCAGCGGUUGGAGAGCGAGAGGCCGUGGAUGGUGACGGCAGGGCAGAUCGCGGACAUGCCAUGGGCGGAGCUGGAGCCGCUGAGCAAGCAGUGGACUCAGGACAUGUACAUUCUGGUGCGUGGGUGUGGGUGCUAUGGGAUGGUGGUGUGGUGUUGUGCGGUGGUGUGUGGUGCUGGGUGGAUGGUGGGUGGGUGGAUGGUGACAGCAGGGCAGAUCGCGGACAUGCUGCUGAGCAAGCAGUGGACUCAGGAUGUGUACCUCCUGGGCCGUCUGCUACUGGGCAUGGAGAGGAGGACAGCAGCAGCCGUGUGGCGAGGCAUGCAGGUGCACGAGCGCGGGGCAUUGAGGGCAAUCCUGGAGGACAGCGGCAUGGGCAAGCGCAUAGCAGAUCACGCCUUGAUCCUCCGCGCCAUCAUCGCCCGCAACCUGCCCGAGCAACUCUUUUCGCUGCUCGAUGCUUUUCGGGCUGCCCAAGAAGUCAUGCCAGAGCUAUCCGCCACAAUCAAUCUGCUCAAGAUGGAGGCGGUGUGGCCGGCCUGCCAGCAUCUCCCUCUCCUCAUCGCGCGGGCCGUGGCCGACACAUUCGACCGCUUCAAAGCCCUCCUCGAAACCUCCACCAAGUCCGCCCAGGCCAUGGCUGCUGCUGCUCCGCCCCUCUCCUCCUCCUCCGCCUCCCCCCCCCCCUCUGCAUCUGGUGCUGCUGCUGCCGCUGCUGGGGAGGCAGCGGGGGGUGGAGGAGGGGAGGGUGGGGAGGGAGAGAAAAAGGCAUCGCUUGCAAAGCUGUUCAGAAUGCCGUUCCUGGGUCGCAAUGUGAGCACCACAUCGGCAUCACCAGCAGCAGAGGAGAGCACUCAGGACAUCAUGCCGCAGGGGGGAGUAGUUGACCCCAUCACGAGCUACGUGGCCAACUACAUUCGCAGCUACAUGCGCCGCAACCUGGACGUGCUCGCCUCGCUCUUCCAUCUGCUGGAGGAGCCUUUGAUGUCUCUCACAGCUUCACUCAUCCCGUGGUUCCUUUCCCCCCACCCCCCUCCACCCCGCAGCGUCCCAUCCACCCACAACAGCUACCUGGACGUGCUCGCCUCGCUCUUCCACCUGCUGCAGGAGCCAAAGCCACUCACUCGAAUCCCCCCCUUCGUCUACCUGGAUGUGCUCGCCUCGCUCUUUCACCUGCUGGAGGAACAAGGAGCAGCGAGUGACGAGGAGGAGGAAGAUGCGGAUGGGGACGGAGAGAAGGAGGGCGGCAAAGGGAGCAAGUCGAAGGGGGAUGGGAAGGUUGCAGCCGGCGGGAAGGCGGCGGGUGGGAAGGUGGACAGUGGGAAAGACGGUGGGAAGGCUGGGGAUGGGAAGUGGAAACGGGGUGGGCAGCAGCACACGGGGAGGAGUGCGGAGAGUGAGACGGCGCACCUGCUGAGUGCACUGGUGGUGAAUCUGGAGGCACGCGGUGGGCUGUACCGCGAGGAGGAGCUGCAGCACCUGUUUCUCAUGAACAACACUCACUACCUCGUGCAGUCCGCCGCUGACUGGUAUCGCUGGCAUGUGGACAGCCUCAACCACCCGCUCUCACAAGCUCGCAAGGAGGGCGCGAGGGACCUCACAGCAGCCAUGGCGGAUCUGAGGGACGGCCACAUCGUGCAGCUUCACGCCACCGCCUUCCAAAGCCGCGCGCUGGCUGCUGUCAUGGGAGCACUCACAGAUGAGCCUCCCCGAGGCACACCUGACUCUGUCAAGCUCAGACUCAACAGGUUGCGGAGGUUCAACGGGGCGUUUGAAACGCUGGUAGCACGGCAGCGGCGGUGGUGCAUCCCCGAUGAGGAGCUGCGGAGGAAGACCCGUGCCAAGUGGUCCACAGUGCUGCGUGAGCGAUACCGCAAGAUGCUGCUGCCCUUCUGGUGA